AAUCUUUCCUCUCUUCAAAGAAACAAAAGAACGACAGACUAAAUAUGUCCUCAGCUUGGAAACAAAUGAAGAAAAAACAUGUGGACGAGAAAUCUGACAAAGCAAAGCUCUUUGAUUUUACAGAAGAAGAUGAAGAUAAGAAAGAGUUGAUUGGUUCAGAGGAGGAGACCAGCGAAGAUGAAACUCCAGUCAUAAACAAAAAAAUAGCCAAAAAACAUCCUUCUCCUGAUUUUGAUGAAGAGGAGCCCAGUGCUGUGGGAAAUGAAGUCAUGUCCAUGAUCGAGAAAUUUGGGGCUGAUAUCAAUAAGUCAGUGCAGGCUAAGAAGAAACGCCUGGAAGCUUUGACCAAAAAGUACAUGAAGGGAAGUCAAGAGAAACUGGAGCAGCUCUGGAACAACUAUCAUUCUCAAAGACAGAAGGUGACAGCGCAGUACUCACAGCAGUUCUUGGUGGCCCUACAGCAGUGGGAGGCCGAGGCACAGAUAGCCGAGGAGCAGGAGGAGAGGCUCAAUAAUCUGUGGAGGCAGCAGCAGAAAGUCUUGCAGCAGGCCAGAGUCGUACAAAACCAGAAUUUGAAGACGAUCAGGGAGAUAUAUGAGCAAUUUGUGAAGAGCAUGGAGGAGAUGGAGAACAGCCAUGAGACGUUUCUGCAGGGAGCGCAACAGGAGCUGAGGAAGGAGCUGGCCUCACUGCAGAAGAAGAUCCUUAUGGACACACAGCAACAGGAGAUGGCCACUGUUCGCAAGUCCCUUAAAUCCAUACUGUUUUAACGUGAAUCUUCUCAUUGUUUUGUUGGUUUUGUAAAAAAGACAACCAAAAGUUUUGCCUCCUUUUAUGUUUAUUAAUUCAAAUUUAAUUAUAUGUUCUCAUUGUGUGUAUUAUAUGAUGUUGAAUGGAAGUUCUGUUUCACAGAAAGAUGUUGUAAUAAAUA